UUGGUUUAUAUAAAUUCCAAGCAGUUUUAAUAAAACUAUUAGGGAGUUGCCAGUGUUACAAAAUGGAAGCGGUGGAAGUUAUUGUGUUGUUAGUAACAAUAUUAAAGUUAACUCUUGCACAACAACUUAACACAAAUUCGUUUCCUGAUGACUUUUUAUUUGGUGUAGGGACUUCUUCGUAUCAAGUUGAAGGAGCAUGGAAUGAAAGCGACAAGAGUGAAAACAUUUGGGACCAACUUACUCACAACUAUCCCGAGUUAAUUAUUGAUGGAAGCAACGGAGAUGUAGCCUGCGAUUCCUAUCAUCGCAUGGAUGAUGAUAUAGCACUUUUGAGAAAUUUAGGUGUUGAUUUUUACCGUUUUUCUAUCUCGUGGACCCGUUUACUACCCAAUUCGUAUUCCAACGUUAUCAGUGAGACGGGUCGACAAUAUUACAACAAUCUCAUUAAUGCCCUCCUAGCUGCCAACAUAAUUCCAAUGGUCACCAUCUACCAUUGGGAUUUACCAAGCGAAUUGCAAAAUUUGGGAGGUUGGACAAACCCGAUCAUGGUCGACUAUUACGCAGACUAUGCUCAAGUUGUUUUUGAGGAAUUCGGAGAUAGGGUAAAACAUUGGAUUACGUUUAAUGAAGGAGAAUCGAUUUGUAACGCUUAUGGUAGCACCAGGGACGCCCCGGCCAACGUAGCACAACCGGGGAUUGGAGAAUAUCUCUGCGCUGAUACUAUGCUGAAAGCUCAUGCAAGAGCCUAUCAUAUGUAUGAUGAAAUAUACAGGAGUACACAGCAAGGUGUCGUUGGAAUUGUUGUUUCAUCAAAGUGGUAUGAGCCAAAUACAACAUCACCAGAUGACAUUGCAGCCGCUGAGAGAGCAAGGCAAUUCAAUAUGGGACUUUAUGCUCAUGCGAUUCUUGGAAAGGGUGGCGAUUAUCCGGAAGUCGUAAAACAGGCAGUAGCAAAUCGAAGUGCUUUGGAAGGAUUUCCUUUUUCACGUCUGCCAGAACUUACUGAAGAAGAGAUACAAUAUAUUAAUGGCACAGCGGACUUUUUAGGAGUUAAUCACUAUAUGACAUAUCUAGCAGCACCCAGUGAUGACGACGAAAUCGGAGAGCCAUCAAUGGAGAAGGACAGAGGUGUAUCUAUUUGGUUUGACCCCAGUUGGGAAGGCGCUGCUUCUAGCUGGUUGAAGGUUGCACCAUGGGGAUUUAGAAAUUUGCUAAUGUGGCUCGAUAACGAAUAUGGUUACCCAAUGUACGUUACCGAAAACGGAUAUUCCGAUUAUGGUGAAAUUGAUGAUUCCCGACGAACUAAUUACUAUCAGCUGUACCUCAGCGCCGUUCUUGAUGCUUUAGGCGAAGGAGCAAAUAUAAAGGGUUAUACAGCCUGGAGCUUGAUGGAUAAUUUCGAAUGGCUUGACGGCUAUGUGAAUCGUUUUGGACUCCAUUACGUCAAUAUGUCAGACCCCGCACGUCCCCGAACGAUAAAAACGUCUGGAGAAUAUUUCAAACAAGUUGUUGCAACAAGGGUCGUUACUACUACCAGUUCAACUGCUAGCGAUUCAACCACCAGACCCCCAAGCUCUAGUAGUUCAACUACUCAGGCCCCUCCAACUGAUGAAUCAAAUAAAGGCAGCUUGCGUACUAUAACACUGCCCUUGUCUUUCUUAUUCUUAUUAACAUCAGCUCUUGUACUGUUAUAGAUAUUGCAGUAGGUACAAUGUCCAAACAAUGUAAUGUAAUAUUUAUAUUCAUUUAGCUGUUAUAUUCAAAUGUGUACAUUCGUAUAUAUUAUACUAUUAUACCAACAAUAUUUAUACAUA